CAUCAACCCCCAUCAUAAUACCCUUAUCUUCCCUCUCUCUCUCUCUCUCCCUUAUUUAACUCCCUUUCUUCUCUCUCACAUUCACCAUUGCUGGUCUCAAAUCACAAAGAGGUGCCCUAAUCAUCCCCACUCUAUCUACAAACCGAGACGUACACAAAACAAGAACAAGAGAAAUGAGGAGGGCAAAGGAGGAAGAGAAUGCUGGUUACGCGACAGCAGUGGCCGCGGCUGCAUAUGCCAUCAAAACAGACCAAGGGUCAAGUAGAGAUGAUGAGGGGAGGGGAGGGAUCAGAAAAGAGAAAACCAUUUCACUAAGGUCAGCAACCCUCAACAACAACAACAACAAGAGCACAAUAAAACCUGCAGCUCCUGGAAAAGAUUUAGAGCCAGGAGAGAUCGCCAAAUCCAUACGAAGGAACCCCACUUUAGCCGACCAGAUGUCCGGUCGUACCCCAAGUAUAAAACCAGCACCAGAAAUACAAGCCUCAGCCCCAGCAAUACCCCCAAAUAGACAACCUUCGUUGCGACAAACGACCCCAACCCCAACAACAACUGCGGGUGUGGAGACCAAAGCAGACAUUUGGGAACAGGAAGAGAUGAAAAAGAUUAAGGAAAGGUACAAUGAAGUGAUUUCAACAACUUACACAUGGGAGCAUACGAAGAAGAAGAAAUCAAAUGACAAUUUAGAGAAAAUAGAGAAGAAAUUGGAGGCAAGAAAGGCAAAGGCUAAGGCAGAUCACAAGAAAAGGAUCCGAGAGAUUGAAGACGCUUCGAAGAAAGCAAAAGAUUGGGCAAAGAAGAAAAAAGAGAACGAAGAACGUAAGGUGAGAGACAAGGCAGACAAGUACAGAAGAACUGGCAAAGCCCCAUCAACAUUCUGGUGCUUCUAAACCAUGCCGAACAUUCUUUCAAGUUUCAACCAUAGGAACAGAACUGGAAGAGUGUAUGAAAUCAAAAAAAGUUUCUGUGGAAAACAGACAUGAAAGUGAAAAUUGUAUGGUGCAUUACUAUUUACUUAUUUUGUGUGUAAAGGCUUGAAAAAAUCACACAACUUGAAUUAAACUUCCCAAGAGAGCAACUGCACAAAUUGGAUAUUA